ACAGAACUCGACUUACAGCCGGAAAAGGCGGUGCGGGCAGAGCACCCGCGCGCGCUUGCCUUCUGCGGCUUAGUAUUGGCGGGAACCUGACAGGUUGGCUGGUGCUGUGCGGGCUGUCAGUCGCGAUGGCGUCGCGUCGGGGGGCGCUCAUCGUGCUGGAGGGUGUGGAUCGUGCUGGCAAGACCACGCAGGGCCUCAGACUGGUGACUGCGCUGUGCGCCUCGGGCCACAGAGCCGAGCUGCUGCGUUUCCCCGAAAGAUCAACAGAAAUCGGCAAGCUCCUGAGUUCCUACUUAGAAAAGAAAACCGAAUUAGAGGAUCACUCCGUGCACCUGCUUUUCUCUGCAAACCGCUGGGAACAAGUGCCAUUAAUUAAGGCGAAGUUGAACCAGGGUGUGACCCUUGUUUUGGACAGAUACGCCUUUUCUGGGGUUGCCUUCACUGGUGCCAAGGAGAAUUUUUCUCUGGAUUGGUGCAAACAACCAGACGUGGGCCUUCCCAAACCUGACCUGAUCCUGUUCCUUCAGUUACAAUUGCUGGACGCUGCCUCGAGGGGGGAGUUUGGUCUUGAGCGAUAUGAGACUGGGACUUUCCAGGAGCAGGUUCUGCUGUGUUUCCAGCAGCUCAUGAGCGAUAAGAACCUCAACUGGAAGGUGGUUGAUGCUUCCAAAAGCAUUGAGGAUGUCCAUGAAGAAAUCCGUGCGCUCUCUGAGGAUGCUAUCCGAAAUGCUGCACAGAGGCCACUGGAGGAGCUAUGGAAAUAAAUCGGAGCUUCCAUUGCCAGUACUAUUCUGUUUCUUCAGGAGACUGGUAGAAGGCUCACAUCUCAACACUAUUCAGCAGGAGCUAGUUCUUGGCAGAAGAAAUCUACAAGACUCUGCCCAUAAACUGAGAUUUUGGUGAUAAUGGACAAGUUGUACAGUGUCUCCCUCUGCCUACUGCUUGGUUGUAAGGUGCUAAUUAAUGUGUUGCUGUUUCCAUACUGAACUUUAAUGGCAACUAUCACCAGUUUCCUUGAGAUUAUUAAAAUCAUCAAUUGGUUGAAACUCA